AUGGACCCCCAGCAGUGUGAUGGAGGCCAUGUGUCAGAGGGGUGUCACACUCCUGGUAAUAGGGACCACCGGCCCCCUCCUGCCAAACUGGUCUGCCUGGAGUUGAACGGUGGCAGGGGCCCCUCAGGUCCACACCAGGGCAGGACGAGACAGGGGAGCCCAGGGGUCAGAACUUCGGCCCCCAAACUCACCCCACCCGCACCACAACCCAAGAACUGGCAUAAAAGAGGAAGCCUGCUGCCUGUGCUGUGUUUGGUGGAGCACAGAGAGAGCCCGGUCCUGGCAGUGGAGGCUGAGAGGAGAGAGGAGCAUGCAGAGUUUGUACUGGUCAGGAGAGACCUGCUGUUUAACCAGCUGAUAGAGAUGGCUUUACUGGCCCUGGGCUACUCUCACAGCUCAGCAGCACAGGCCAAAGGUUCGAUCCAGGUGGGUAGGUGGAACCCUGUCCCUCUGUCCUGUGUGACUGAUGCUCCUGAUGCCACAGUGGCUGACAUGCUGCAGGACCUCUACCAUGUGACCACCCUCAAGAUCCAGCUCACCAGUUGUCCCAUGUUUGAGGACCUCCCUCCAGAACAGUGGAGUCACUCCACAGUGAGAAACGCCCUGAAGGAGCUAUUGAGAGACAUGAACCAGAGCUCACUGGCCAAAGAGUGCCCUCUGUCCCAGAGUAUGAUCUCCUCCAUUGUUAACAGCACCUACUAUGCAAAUGUGUCGGCCUCCAAGUGCCACGAGUUUGGCCAUUGGUAUAAGCACUUCAUGAAUACCAAAGGCAUCAUGGAGAUUGACAGCUUCUCUGACCAAUCCCAAACGAGCUCCACACACCCAUCAACCAAACAAUCAUUCCCAGGCAGCAGGGCCGAGCUGGUCUGCUCCUCACCCCUCCUCUUUCCUCACGGGGGUGCCACCCACACUUCUGGGCGUAGUUGUCUGGCCCCAAGUCUCUGCCCCCCGGGGCUGGUGACCGCCCCCCUCAGCUCCCAGCUAGUCAGCCCCCAACAGAUAGUCAUGGCCCAGUUCCUCAACCAGCAGUAUGCAGUCAGCCAUAUGCUAGCCCAGCAAAGCCUGUCUGUAUCUGUUUCCACCUCCCCCCAGAAGUUCCUCAACCACCCCCCUGUGGGGAGGCCUCCCCCCUCCCUUGCCCUAGCCAAGGGCCUCGACCCCCCGCCCCAGGCUGGACCACCAGGACCCGGGUCUGGGUCCCAGAGCCAGGUGUGUGGACCAUCAGACAUCUCAUGUGAGAUCUACCAGUGGGUGAGAGAGGAGCUGAAGAGAGCAGGCAUCUCCCAGGCUGUGUUCGCCCGCGUGGCCUUCAACAGGACCCAGGGCCUGCUGUCUGAGAUCCUGCGUAAGGAGGAGGAUCCUAAGAGUGCGUCUCAGUCUCUCCUGGUCAACCUGCGGUCCAUGCAGAGUUUCCUACAGAUACCGGAAGGUGACCGCGACCGUAUCUACCAGGAGGAGAGAGAGAGGAGUCUGACCACGUCGACCAUUAUCAACCAUUCACCCAACAACACUACCACACCACGCCACACACAGACCAGAAAGGAAGAGGGAAACUUUGUUCAGGCUGAAGAUUGGCCCUCCCAGGUUUCCAUUGUAUUUCCUAAAGUGAAGAACAUGGGAUGUGUUCUAGACAGAGGGGUGAAGAGCGAGGGAUGUGUUCUAAACAUCAACAGUUCUAUCUAUGAGGAGAUCCAACAGGAGAUGAAGAGAGCCAAGGUAUCUCAGGCCAUGUUUGCCAAGAUGGCCGCGUCCAAGAGUCAGGGCUGGCUGUGUGAGCUGCUGCGCUGGAAGGAGGAUCCGUCCCCGGAGAACCGAACCCUGUGGGAGAACCUGUGUAUGAUCCGGCGCUUCCUGAGUCUGGCCCAGAUGGAACGAGACGCCAUCUAUGAACAGGAGAGCAACACUCUGCAACAACACUGUACAGACAGACUCACACAGCUAGUCAACAACAACACACUGCUCCAACGCCACUCCCCAUUGCAACAACAACACCAUCAACGAACACUGACCGCUCUGUCCCAGCUGCCCUUGCAGCCCCAGGCGGAGUCUCGCCUGCCGCCACGACAACCAUCCACAGCAUCACCGGCCGAGACUGAGGGGGGUAGGGGGCAACUGAGGACCUGGUGGGGAAGUAGUCAGGGUGAUGGGAGGGAAGAGGAUAUUACUGGCAGGGGCUGUAAGGGUUGGGGCCAGGGCAGGGUUAGGGGUGUGUGUAACAAUGACAAGGAAGGGGGAGAGGGACGGUGGGCGGGGGGCAGACAGACUAACGGCGAGGGCGAUGGUGGGAGUGAUGGCGAGGGGUUUCGGGUGUCCCGAGAGGCACAGGGGAUCCUGCAGAGCUUCAUCCAGGACGUUGGUCUGAACCCAGACGAGGAGGCUGUCCACACACUGUCAGCCCAGCUGGGCCUGCCCAAACACACCAUCCUCAGCUUCUUCCACAGCCAGCACCACAGCUACACUCACCAGAACCAUAGACAGCAUUACAGUGAGAUCCAACACAACCAACAUCCGAGCCAGGACCACAACCACAGAAAGAAUCACAACCAACACCACACGGACCAGGACCAGCUCUUCUAUAAUGGAGCAGGCCCAACCCAGCCUAAGAGAACUACAGGGGAGGAUAUGGAGCAGGCCCAACCCAGCCUAAGAGAACUACAGGGGAGGAGUGGACAGUAGAUCUCGCUGGACAAAUGGGGGGGGGAUAUGGAGCAGGCCCAACCCAGCCUAAGAGAACUACAGGGGAGGAUAUGGAGCAGGCCCAACCCAGCCUAAGAGAACUACAGGGGAGGAUAUGGAGCAGGCCCAACCCAGCCUAAGAGAACUACAGGGGAGGAUAUGGAGCAGGCCCAACCCAGCCUAAGAGAACUACAGGGGAG